GAUAUUCCACGAAUGCCUGAAAUUCCACAUAUCCCUAAGUGAGUUAGAGACGCGAACGUUAUGGUUGACAGUUUGGCAUUCCGACAUGUUCGGAAGAAACGAUUCCUCGGAGAGGUCAUGAUGACUUUAGAAAAUAAAGUUUUCGAUGAUCCUACUCCUAGGUGGUAUCAGUUACAAGCAAGGACGGAACCUUUUGAAGACGUCCAGUCGUACAAGGGUGAUAUAAUAGUAUGUUUGAAGUUUAUUCCACCAGACAUGACAAGCCACAAGAAGAAGAGGUCUAGAGGAGCCUUACAUGUUCUGGUCAAAGAAGCCAAAUCGCUAACGGGAGUCAAAGCCAACGGCACUUCUGAUCCCUUCUGCAAAAGUUACCUGCUGCCUGACAAAGGUCGAAGCUCCAAGCAGAAAACUCCAAUGGCUCGUAGGACGGUGAAUCCUGUAUGGAACCACACGUUCGUGUAUGAUGACGUCACGUUACAGGAGUUAGCAGAACGUUGUUUAGAACUCACAGUUUGGGACCAUGACAGAUUGGGCAGCAAUGAGUUUUUGGGCGGAGUCAGAUUCUCUUUGGGAACAGGCAAACACUAUGGCAAACACGUAGAUUGGAUGGACGCCUCUGGGAAAGAACUAAGUCUCUGGAAGAGCAUGCUAGAGAGGCCCAACUUCUGGGUGGAAGGAUGCCUUCAACUUCGACCGAGUCUUGACAGCCGAGUAUCCUAAUACUCACUCAGUCAAAAUCAAAUGUGUCCACAGUUUGCUCAAAAUAAUAUUCGACCAGCAGGUCUUACAAAUUUGUAAUUUGUAUAAUAAUGUUAAAAAUGACCUUCGUGUUGAUGUGAAGUCAUCAAUAUAUUCUAAAGAAAUCCUGUAUAAACUUAUAAUCAAACCAUAUUUGUGUUGUAUAUAAAAAUGUCUUCCAAAAUAUUCAGUUUUUCAAUAUUAAUAGAUAAGUCUGUUGGCUAAAUAUCGAAAUGUUUUUUACUAACUGUGGACACCUUGUAGACUUAUACAGAGGGAGUCUCCUUAUAUUUUGACCAGACAUUUUUUCAAUGUAAAUGUAUAUUGUGAGGUUAUGUCCACUUGUUGAUUCAUCUAUCACAAAUUGAGAAAUAAAAAACGUUGUUCCCAGCUCUAUUAAAAGGUGAAAUAUAUAGAAACAUCCUGUGUAUGUUUGUUCAUGAUUAUAUAUUGAAUGUAUGUAAUGUUGCGAUUCAUGAUUUUUUUUAAAUAUUGUUAGUAUGUUGAUGAACUGAUAUAUUUUCUUAUAAUAGUAAUGAUAAUAAAU